GCUGCCCAUUAGAAAAACAGAACUUCCUACAUUUGAAGGCACAUAUCCGAUUGGGUGGUUAGCUAGAGUGGAGCAGUACUUUGCCAUUCAUCACACCCGAGAGGAUUUGAAGGUCCCAACAGCUUUCGUUAGUAUGGAGGGGGCAGCUCUACAUUGGCUCCAAUGGCUACAACAACAACAACCCACUCUUGGACUAAAUUCACACAUGACCUUUUGGAAGAAUUUGGCGACGAAUUGCCUGGGCCACCGUUUGAACAGCUUGCCGCUCUUCGUCAAACGGGCUUGGUGGAUGAAUUCAUCGCUGCGUUUCGAGCUCGCAUUGCCCAAAUUCCUGGACUUGCUCCUCACAUUCAAUUAGGGCUUUUUCUCAAUGGCUUGAAACCUGCAAUUCGGGUGCGGCUUCGACCGAAUGAUGUGACAGAUCUCCGAACAGCGAUGCGUGUCGCUCGUGCGGCAGAACGAGAAAUUGAAUUUCUCUCCACAGGCCGGCUCCUUGGACGCAGUCUGCAAGAUGAAAAUGCAGCGCUCCAGAUAAUUCAUUCACAUAGUGGGUCUACUUGGUCUAAUGGGCAUGGGAAGAAUUCCCAAACCAAUUCUGUUUUGAAUUAUUCACAGCCCAAACCCAUUCCAACCCAGUCUCAAUUCUCUGGCAGCAAUCAAACAUCUUCCUUCUCCUCCCAAACACAACCUGCGUUUCCUGCUAUGCAGUCUUCAGUACGGAAUUCCAGCACAUCAACAUCACGAGCUCCGGCACGACAUUAUUCUAACAAAGAGUAUCUGGACAUGCGCGCCAAAGGACUUUGUUUCCGUUGUCAGCAACCGUACAGUCCGCUUCAUGUAUGCCCGAAUAAAUCCUUGCAAACUCUAAUUGCAGCAGAGGAUGACGAGGACGAAACGAGCGACGAGCCUGGUGUAACUGACCAAAUCGACACCGGACAAUAUAGGGCAGUCUUUCCAAUCUAGCCUUGGGGACAAGGCUGUUUCUUUGGUGGGUGGCAAUGAUACGCACCCAAAAUCAGGCAAAUCAGAAUAUACAAGGAAGGCUUAACUCAAGGGAUUUGACAAAAAUAAAUAGAGGCAUAAUCAUCUCAACAAUCAUCUCCUUUCUAUAAUUAUUUAUUUCCUAGCACUAUAAAUUAGAAUCUCUAGAUGAGAGUAAAUCAUCCAAUAAUCUUCCUUAGUCUUUAAGCUUUAGUAGCUAGGCAAGAGCCUAAAACUCUUGUUGGGGAAAGUCUUGUGACUUCCU